AUGAACGCUGUCGGGCUAUGCCACAAUUGCCAUGCAUUUUAUGAUGAUGCGUUGGACCUAGUGUUUUUCUUCGUACCCAGCGAUCUGGAUUUCUUUAUCCGUUUCGAACUCAGGGACAGAAUUCGCCGCCAAGGCGAUAUUACCAAGAGAAGGGUGCCGAUGGCACAUGAAUAUGCACGGUAUCAGUAUAGACAGGGGAAAAUCACGGAUGUCGCCCAGGGCGGGCAAUAUACUCGGGUCUAUCUGUGCAAUCACUUAUUGGCACAAAACACCCAAGCACCUAAGCAGUGGCAUGGUGCCCCACUCCCAACCAUUCGAAAAGCCAUUGGGGCACUUGGAAGCCCUAGGAUAGGGCGUAUUCCUCAGGACAUGGUGAUGAAGCUUACCAUCCUUCGAGACUUGUACUACUUGGAUGACGAAGACGAGACUGAAAGAAGACAUCAAUUGGAACGUCCGAGAGGAGGAGGACGACAACAGGGAGGAAGAGGAAGAGGAAGAGAAGAGGAUGAGGAUGAGGAUGAGGAUGAGGAUGAGGAUGAGGAUGAGGAUGAGGAUGAGGAUGAGGAUGAGGAUGAGGAUGAGGAUGAGGAUGAGGAUGAGGAUGAGGAUGAGGAUGAGGAUGAGGAUGAGGAUGAGGAUGAGGAUGAGGAUGAGGAUGAGGAUGAGGAUGACGAGACUGAAGAUGAGGAUGAGGAUGAGGAUGAGGAUGAGGAUGAGGAUGAGGAUGACGAGACUGAAGAAGCGGGAAGUAAGGGUGGAAAAAGACGUCCGAAAUUCGAGUGGGACCUCGGUCCCGAUGCGACAUCUGAAGACGCGAUUCGCAAGUUUUGGACCGGUCCUUUUGGGCCCUGGCGGGAGACUUAG